AUGUCUGUCUGUCCUCCGUACGCUCCCUUCUUUGGCUUCGCAGGCGUCGCUUCUGCGAUGAUCUUCAGCACUGUGGGUGCUGCGUUUGGCACGGCCAAGUCUGGCAUUGGCAUCGCGGGUCUGGGGGCAUUCAAGCCGGAGCUCAUCAUGAAGUCAAGCCUGGUGAUUACUCCUUUACGCUGGCUUCAUCCAUCUGGGUGCCGGUCUGGCGUGCGGGUUCACCGGUCUUGCGCCGGCUACGCCAUUGGUUUCGUCGGCGACUCGUGCGUACGAGCAUAUGUGUUCGAGUCGCGUGUCUUCGUCACAAUGGUUCUCAUUCUCAUUUUCGGCGAGGUACUGGGUCUGUAUGGGCUUAUCGUGGCACUCAUCAUGAACUCGCGAGCGACAGAGGCCGGGAGCUGCCCGUAA